AUGUCCAGUGAGGAGGAGGAGCACGUCCCAGUCAGGAGGAGGAGUCAGAUCCAGUCAAGAAGAGGAGGCACAUCCAGUCAGGAGGAAGGAGGCUACCACUACAACCACCUGCUGUCUCCGCAGUACCUGAGCCUCGCCACCAACCUGUCGGGCUGCACCGCCCACCAGCACAUCAACUGCUCGGACAUGUGUUUCCACCAGAAGUACAGGACCCACGACGGCACCCGCAACAACCUGCAGCAUCCCAUGUGGGGCGCCUCGCCCACCGCUUUCGAGCGCCUGCUGAAGGCCGUGUAUGAGAACGGGUUCAACACCCCCCGGGUCAUCACCCCACAGCCCUGCAACGGGCACACGCUGCCCAUGCCCCGUCUGGUGUCCACAACCCUGAUAGGCAUGGAGACCGUCACGCCCGAAGCACAGUUCACCCACAUGGUCAUGCGGUGGGGCCAGUUCCUGGACCACGACCUGGACUCCAUGGUGGUGGCCCUCAGCCAGGCCCGCUUCUCCAGCGGGCAGCACUGCAGCUCUGUGUGCAGCAACGACCCCCCCUGCUUCUCUGUCAUGAUCCCCCCCAACGACCCACAGGUCAGGGAGGCCCGCUGCAUGUUCUUUGUGUGGUCCAGCCCUGUGUGUGGCAGCAGCAUGACCUCCCUGCUCAUGAACUCCGUGUACCCUCGGGAGCAGAUUAACCAGCUCACGUCCUACAUCGAUGCCUCCAACGUGUACGGGAGCACAGACCAGGAGGCUCGCAGCAUCCGCGACCUGGCCAGCCACUGGGGCCUCCUGAGGCAGGGCAUCGUGCAGAGGUCCGGGAAGCCACUGCUGCCCUUUGCCACGGGGCCACCCACUGAGUGCAUGCGGGAUGAGAACGAGAGUCCCAUCCCCUGCGUCCUGGCCGGGGACCACCGUGCCAACGAGCAGCUGGGCCUGGCCGGCAUGCACACGCUGUGGUUCCAAGAGCACAACCGCAUCGCCAUGGAGCUGCUCAAGCUGAACCCCCACUGGGACGGUGACACCAUCUACUACGAGACCAGGGAGAUCGUGGGCACAGAGAUCCCGCACAUCACCUACUGGCACUGGCUCCCCAAGGUCCUGGGGGAGGUGGGCAUGAAGACGCUGGGCGAGUACCCGAGCUACGACCCCAGCAUCAAUGCUGCAAUCUUCAACGCCUUCGCCACAGCCGCCUUCAGGUUUGGCCACACGCUUGUCAACCCGCCGCUCUACCGACUGGACGAGCACUUCCAGCCUGUCGCCCAAGGCCACAUCCCCCUCCACAAAGCCUUCUUCUCCCCCUUCCGGAUGUUCGGGGUGGCGGGGAAGAUGCGCGUGCCCUCGCAGCUGCUGAACACGGAGCUCAUGGAGCGGCUUUUCUCCAUGGCACACACAGUGGCCCUGGACCUGGCCGCCAUCACCAUCCAGCGGGGCCACGACCACGGCAUCCCGCCCUACCACGACUACAGGGUCUACUGCAACCUGUCGGCGGCCCACACGUUGGACGAGCUGGAGAAUGAGAUCAAGCCAGAGAUCCGGGAGAAGGUGAAGAGGCUGUACGGCUCUGCGCUCAACACUGACCUCUUCCCAGCCCUCGUGGUGAAAGACCUGGUCCCUGGCAGCCGGCUAGGCCCCACCCUCCUGUGCCUGCUCAGCACGCAGCUCAGGCGCCUCCGGGACGGGGACAGGUUGUGCUAUGAAAACCCAGAGGUGUUCUCCCCCGCCCAGCUGACCCACCUCAAGCAGACGUCCCUGGCCAGGAACUUGUGCGACAACUUGGACAACAUCACACAUGUGCAGGGGGACGUGUUCAGGGUGGCGGAGUUCCCACACAGGUACAGCAGCUGUGCUGACAUCCCCAGGGGGAACCUCCGCGUGUGGCAGGACUGCUGCGAAGGUGCUCUCAGGACCAGGGGACAGUUUAACGCGUUUUCGUAUCAUUUCCGAGGCAGACAGUCUCUUGAAUUCAGCUACCAGGAGGACAAGCCCACCAAGAAAAUGAGACCAGGGGAAAUACUGAGCGUGAACCACAGCCAACAUUCCAGCAAUGCCACGUCAGCCGCCUAUGAGCGCUCAAAAGGACCAGGGACAACUGACUUCAAAAAAUUUUUUCUGGAAAUGCAAAAGACCAUCACAGACCUCAGAAAACAGAUAAAGAAACUUGAGUCGCGGCUCAGUGCCACAGCGUGCACGGUCGCCAGCGGCGAAUCACACAGCAACAACGCAAAGUGGAGGAGAGACGCGUGCGCCGUUUGUGAGUGCAGAGACGGGCAGAUCACCUGCUUCGUGGAAGCUUGUCCACCUGCCACUUGUCCAGCACCUAUGAAGAUCAAAGGAGCGUGUUGUCCCAUCUGCUUGAAGAAAACCACAGAGGAAAAGCCGUCGGCUCUGGAGAAGCUCCUUGAAGUCAGUCUGCUGCGUCAUCGUGAGAUCAGACGGCCGAUACAGGCAGCUGCGGACCAAAGGAAACAUCCAGGACUCAAGACGUUUCAGGACAAUCCAUCGAGCAAGGUCCUCACGGAUGACCUCACCUCAGCAUCUCACGUGGGACGCAGUCGGCAGAGUGCAUGUGGGAUUGGAAUCGCCUCACUCAGCUGUGUGGCCUGGGAAGGUGGGACAGGUGCACCGCAGUCGCGCCUCCCCAGCCCGGCGAAGGCCGACAUCUAUGCGGAAGUGCUUAGGGACAGCGUGAGGCGCGUGAGGCGACGGGAGCGCCAUCGGUUACAGGGUCGAAGCGUCCUUGAGUGA